AUGACUAUAACCCGACCCUAUACAGUACCUAUUAUUGCCAGCGACUUACGUCGUGCCGAACUUGUUAAACAAUUCGCUGAUAUAUUCGAACAUGUGGAAGCUAUAUUGCAAGAUAUAUUUAAUCGCGUAACUAUACGUCUCAAUGUUUACCGUGCACAACUAAAAGAAUUUGAUGAACGUAUCCAACAUGCCAAUACUCAUAUUGAUCAUAUUCAAGGUUCAAAACAUGCUAUUCAAGUUCAUUCAAGUGCAACUUAUCCAGUUGAAAAAUAUCGCUCGACAUAUAAAACAAUAUUUGAAAGUGAUACAUAUAAUGAAGAUAAUCAACCGUUUGUACUUCAUUAUAAUUUAUUUCACUUAAAUGAAGCAAUGGAUAAAUUUAUUGAUUGUAAUGAUAACAAUUCAAAGUCUAAUGAUGAUAGAUUAAUUGUAUUAAAUCAAUAUGAAGAUAAUUUUAUGGAAAAAACAAAGAAAGAUGUUUUAAAUGGUUUAGGUAGACUACCAAUUAAUAUUAAAUCAGUGGUUUCAUUGCUGAAAUAUAGAACACGAGAAAAUCCUUAUAUACAGUCAACAAAAUCUGAUUCAUUAAAUGUAGGCAAACGUAUCCGUAAGCAAAUCAACGAACCUACUCAACCAAGUAUGGAUGAAAUAUUAUUACCAUCAUUUCAUAAAGAAAAUUCUGAACGUUCAGCAGUAGAUAAUUUUGCUUAUAAUCCUACACUAGGUCUUGUACCUCAACUAUCAUUGCCGGAUAAUUUACCAGAACUUGAUAAAUGUGCAACUUUCAAUUAUGAUACUACCAACUAUUGGGAUGGACGACAAACUAUGUCUAUUGCACCCUCAUUUGCCGCUUCUGUAUUACCAGACAUUAAUGAUUUAUCAUCAUCAGUGAUAACCAGUACGCCUCCAAUUGAACCUUCAGAAACAAUUGUACCGACCAUUACUCUCACAUCGACUUCAGAUUUUGUUCCCAUUCGAGUUCCAUCACCAAUGCCACCAACAACUGCUUUACCAUCAUCCUUAGCAAUUCCUCCAUCUUUGACUCUUUCAACAAAUGUUAAUGAAUCCCAGACAUUGAUUAACAAUGCAGUUAACAAUGAUCAUAGUGGCAAUCUUAAUAGUGGGAAUACUUUUGAUAAAGAGCUUCAUCGUUUUCUCGAAACAAAGAAACUUAAACCAAUACAAAAAUCAAGUCCAGUUCAUAAAGAACAAUUGCUAAACUCACAUGGAUCAGAGUUUUCUGCAGAACAUAUAAUAACAGAAAUCGAAAAGCGACGUGCUUAUAUUACUGGUAAAAAAGCAUCAUCAACACCAGAAACUUCUGCAGAUAAUUCAGAUGAAGACAAUCAUGAAUGGGAAGAAGACGAAUAA